UUUAAAGUUUCAGUCAACGGUUCGACGCAGAGUUCAGUUAGCCUGAACGCAAUCCCUUGCAGUCUCUAUUUGCCCGUUAAUGGGUAAUGUUGUUUCAAGUGUUAUUCGUAGUUUUGUGAUUUAUUCAGACAAUUAACCAGGAAAGGUUUGAUUUACUGAGUAUAGCCGUAGACGGACAUAAUAAAUUACAUCUUGUGCUUUAGGUCCUUGAAAAUACUCAUACCACAUAUACAAGGAAAGAUCAGUGAAAGAUUAAAUGUAUCGAUAUGAAAAAUCAAACUAUGGAUCAAUUUUGCGGAUCCAAAUUUUGGGAUACUGAUUUAUCAUGGAAUACAGAUGAUCCAGAUCUGACAGAAUGCUUUCAAAAAACUGUAUUAAUAUGGGUACCAUGUGUGUUUCUUUGGUCUUUUUCUGUUAUGGAAGCUUAUUAUAUGUUGAAUAGUAGAAGAAAAAAUAUUCCGUACACAUGGUUAUAUAUUUCUAAACAAGUACUUACAACAAUAUUAAUUGUACUUACCAUUGUUGAUUUAGGAAGAGCUAUAUACAAAAGUUAUUAUGAGGCUGUAUACAAUGUAGAUUACUAUACUCCCUUUGUAAAGAUCAUUACUUUUAUCCUAGCAGGAAUUUUACUAUUCUAUAAUAAAAAGUAUGGAAUGCGUACAUCAGGAUUACUAUUUUUGUUUUGGUUUUUGCUUGUAUUAUGCGGAAUUGUGCAAUUCAGAACUUUAUUAAGGCAAAAUUCAAAUGAAAAACCAACGUACCUGUUUGUAUCAUAUAUGAUCUAUUACAGUUUAGUAAUAUCAAUGUUCCUAUUAAAUUUCAUUGUUGAUGCAGAGCCUAAAUAUUCGGAAUAUCCAUUGAUGGAAAGACCGUGUCCAGAACAAAAUUCAUCUUUUCCAUCAAGACUUUCUUUUGCGUGGUUUGAUGCUCUGGCAUGGAAAGGUUUUAAAAAGCCUUUGGAAUCUACAGAUUUAUGGUCUAUGAAUCCUGAAGAUACGGCUUCUGAAAUUGUUCCAAAAUUUGAUAGGCAUUGGAGUAAAACUUCAAAAAAAGGAGAUAAGCUAUUUUGGUCUUACUUUAGUGUACAAAAUGCAAAAGCAUCAUUUAGAAAAUCAUCUGGUCAAGUUGAUUUUGAUAAUGAUCGUAAGAAAAAAGUUUCUUCUAUUUUACCAGCACUUUGUAAAGCUUUUGGUGCCACUUUUUUAUUUGGUGCAGUACUUAAACUUAUACAAGAUAUUAUGACUUUUAUUAGCCCACAAUUAUUAAAAUUACUUAUUAGAUUUGUAAGCGGUGGCGAACCAUUGUGGAAAGGCUAUUUUUAUGCAAUUUUACUCUUAAUUACAGCUACACUUCAAACUCUAGUAUUAUCACAGUACUUUCAUCGUAUGUUUUUAGUUGGAUUACGUAUACGAACUGCACUGAUAACAGCUAUUUAUAGAAAAGCAUUGAGAAUGUCAAAUUCUGCCAGAAAAGAAUCAACACUGGGUGAAAUAGUAAAUUUAAUGUCCGUUGAUGCACAAAGGUUCAUGGAUUUGACAGCAUAUAUAAAUAUGAUUUGGUCUGCGCCAUUACAAAUUAUUUUAGCACUAACCUUUUUAUGGGAGAAAUUAGGUCCAGCUGUACUUGCUGGAUUAGCUGUUAUGAUUGUUCUUAUUCCUAUAAAUGCAUUAAUUGCAAAUAAAGUAAAAACAUUACAAAUUCGGCAAAUGAAAGACAAAGAUGAGAGAGUUAAAUUAAUGAAUGAGGUUCUUAAUGGAAUAAAAGUAUUAAAAUUAUAUGCUUGGGAGCCAUCUUUUGAAGAACAAAUACUACGCAUUAGAAGGAAAGAAAUACAAGUAUUAAAAGAAGCAGCAUAUCUAAACGCAGGAACAAGUUUUAUUUGGUCUUGUGCGCCAUUUUUGGUUUCAUUGGUAUCCUUCGCUACUUAUGUACUUAUAGACAAAAAUAAUGUCUUGGAUAGUGAGACUGCAUUUGUUUCACUUAGUUUAUUCAAUAUUUUACGAUUUCCUCUUUCUAUGUUACCAAUGAUGAUAGGUAAUAUAGUUCAGGCUUAUGUUUCCAUUAAACGUAUCAACAAUUUCAUGAACACAGAGGAACUUGAUCCUAAUAAUGUACAUCAUGAUCAAUCUGAAUUACAUCCAUUAAUUAUUGAGAAUGGCAGUUUUGCUUGGGAUAUGGAAAGUAGUGAUAAACCAACCUUAAAAAAUAUCAAUAUGAAUAUAGAACAAGGCCAGUUAGUAGCAGUAGUUGGAUCAGUUGGAUCUGGAAAGAGUUCUUUAAUAUCAGCUUUUCUUGGGGAAAUGGAAAAAUUAAAUGGUCGUGUUAAUACAAAAGGUUCUAUUGCAUAUGUUUCUCAACAAGCCUGGAUACAAAAUGCAACUUUGCAAGAUAACGUUUUGUUCGGAAAACCUUUAAACAAAGCUUUAUAUAAUCGAGUUAUAGAUGCAUGUAUGUUAGGUCCAGAUCUUCAAAUGUUACCUGCAGGAGAUCAAACAGAAAUUGGUGAAAAGGGUAUAAACUUAUCUGGAGGUCAAAAACAAAGAGUUGCUUUAGCCAGAGCAGUAUAUAAUGAAUCAGAUAUAUAUUUCUUGGAUGAUCCUUUAAGUGCUGUAGAUGCUCAUGUGGGAAAACAUAUUUUUGAAAAUGUGGUAGGCCCUAGUGGUCUGUUAAAGAAAAAGACAAGGGUACACAUUACACAUGACAUUGUCUAUCUACCUGAGGUUGACAAUAUCUUUGUUCUUAAAGAUGGUGAAAUAACAGAAAGUGGAACUUACAAACAGCUUAUGGACAAAAGGGGUGCUUUUGCUGAAUUUCUAAUGCAACAUUUACAAGAAGUUGGAAAUCUGCACACUGAUGAUGGUUCGGAUCCAGAUUUACAUGAAAUUAAGCAGCAAUUGGAAUCAAAAAUGGGUACACAAGAAUUACAAGAAAAAUUAACACGUGCUAGGUCAAGAAUUUCAGAAAGUCAAAGUGAAUCAGGCUCUAUAACUGAUAGAAGAUCAUUAAAUGGUUCUUUGAAAAGGCAAUAUUCUACAGAAAGUCAGCAGUCUGGAAACUAUUUAACUGGAAAUAAUAUAAAGGAAAAAGGUGUAUUACAGCCAAAGAUAGGUGAAAAAUUAAUUGAAGUAGAGAAGGCUGAAACUGGCAGUGUAAAAUGGAAAGUGUAUUCUCACUAUUUAAAAUCUAUUGGAUGGUUCCUAUCUAUAUCUACAAUAGUUAUGAAUGCUGUUUUCCAAUCAUUCAGUAUUGGAUCAAAUAUUUGGCUGAGUGCAUGGUCAAAUGAUAAUAUGACUUCUGCGGAUGGUAAAUCCAUAAAUGAUGAAGCAAAACGAGACAUGUAUCUUGGAGUAUAUGGAGCUCUUGGUCUUGGACAAGCGAUGGCGAGUUUUUUCUGCGAUUUGGCACCUCAGCUGGGUUGCUGGCUGGCUGCUCGCCAGAUGCACAUAAUGAUGCUGCGUGCUGUGAUGCGUGCUCCAUUGACCUUCUUUGAUACAACACCUACUGGUCGUAUUAUCUCCAGGUUUGCUAAAGAUGUCGACGUACUGGAUACAUCUCUUCCCCCACAAAUUUCUGAUAGCAUCUAUUGUCUUUUCGAGGUAAUAGCAACUCUCUUCGUUAUCAGCUUCAGUACUCCAGAAUUUGUUUCUGUGAUCAUACCAAUAGGAUUAAUUUAUUACUUCAUACAGCGCUUCUAUGUCGCUACUUCGCGACAAUUGAAACGUUUGGAAUCUAUAUCAAGAUCUCCUAUAUAUUCACAUUUUAGUGAAUCUGUAACUGGAGCUCAAACGAUUAGAGCAUUUGGUGUCCAGGAUAGAUUUAUACAUGAAUCAGAAAGCAAAGUAGAUUUUAAUCAAGUUUGUUAUUAUCCUGGUAUAAUUGCAAAUAGAUGGCUUGCAAUACGGUUGGAGAUGGUUGGAAAUUUAAUUAUAUUCUUUGCUGCAUUAUUUGUUGUAUUAGGAAGGAAUACUAUUAGUGCCGGUAUCGUUGGAUUAUCCGUCAGUUAUGCUUUACAGAUUACACAAACUUUAAAUUGGCUUGUACGUAUGACUUCUGAUGUAGAAACAAAUAUUGUAGCAGUAGAGAGAAUAAAAGAAUAUGGUGAAACUCCUCAAGAAGCACCUUGGGUAAAUCCAGAGAAUGUUCCUCCAAAAGAAUGGCCUGCAGAUGGUUAUGUUGAAUUUAAGGAUUACAAAGUCCGUUAUAGAGAAGGAUUAGAUCUUAUUCUCCAUGGUUUAACAUUUUCUGUUAAGGGAGGAGAAAAAGUCGGCAUUGUUGGUAGAACUGGUGCUGGCAAAUCUUCCUUAACAUUAUCUUUAUUUAGAAUACUUGAAGCAGCAAGUGGCAAAAUCAUUAUUGAUGGUAUUGAUAUUGCUACUUUAGGUCUUCAUGAUCUUAGAACUAAAUUAACAAUAAUACCACAAGAUCCAGUAUUAUUUUCGGGAACUUUAAGAAUGAAUUUAGAUCCUUUCGAUCAACAUACAGAUGAUGAAGUAUGGAGAGCAUUGGAGCGCGCUCAUCUUAAAUCUUUUGUUCAAAAUUUAUUCAAUGGUUUGCUUCAUGAAGUAUCUGAAGGAGGUGAUAAUCUCAGUGUGGGCCAACGACAACUGAUAUGUCUAGCACGAGCCCUUCUUCGUAAAACCAAAGUUCUCGUAUUAGAUGAAGCAACAGCUGCAGUUGAUUUAGAAACUGAUGAUUUAAUUCAAAGAACAAUUAGGGAAGACUUUAAGGAUUGCACAGUUUUAACAAUAGCACAUAGGCUUAAUACAAUUCUUGACUCUGAUAAAGUUAUUCUACUAGAUAAAGGACUCAUUAUUGAAUAUGAUUCCCCCGAGGUGCUACUUCGAAAUUCAUCCAGUGCAUUUUAUAGUAUGGCAAAAGAUGCAGGGCUGGUAGCUUAAUAAUUACAUAUACAUCACAAUAAUUUGAUAGACUAUCAAACAAAUAAAACAGAGGUUUUAUUAAAUAAAUCCUCCAAUCAAAGAAAGAAAAUGCAUUGAUAAAAAGCUGUGAACAAAUUAUAAUCAUUAUAAUUUACACUAUACUAUUAUCUAUAUAUAGAUACGUUCAAAAUAUUUUUUAAGGGAAAUUUAAUAUCAUACUUAAUCAAUGUCAAGCACAGCUUAAUUUUUUAAAUAGUUUAGAUACAUGUUUGUUAUUUAAAAUUACUGCCAUUUUUAGUAGUGCAUGAUGCACUUAAUGGAAAAAAAUCUACUUAUAGAAACAAUUAUUGCUACAACAUUUUUCCUAUUUUAGCACAAAAGAUAAUUAUUUCUAGAAUUAAUAUUAUUUAUUAUUUAUGUGUUUACCAAUUUUUUUUUGCAGCUAAUUUCUAAGAAAGGUUUCAACAUUGAAUUUGAAGCAGAAUUAAUUCCGCCAACAUACGUAAAUAAUAUAAAAUUCUGUUAUGUAAAUUAAAGUUCAUCUGUCAAAUUACUUAUAUAAAAAAAAAAAAAAAAAGAAAAAAAAAGUUAUAAUAAGAAAAAGAAUAAUAUUUCGAUAGCAAAAAUUUCAUUUCUAAUUUAUUAUUCUUGCAAAUUGAUAAAUUUUAUACAGUAUCUAACAGAUUUUACAUUUAUAACAAUUGUAAUUUAUCAACAAGCAACAUAUAGCAUGCUUAGUUUCAUGUGAUCGUAAGAAGUUUAAUUUGUUAUUAUUACUAAUAUAAAAGAAAAAAAAAAAAUAUAUAUAUAUAUAUAUAUAUACAUAUAUAUAUAUACAUAUAUAUGAUAUUAGGAUCGAUACCAAUAUAAUUCUCUUAUAACUAUACUUUUGUGGCAAAUAAACUUUAAUUUACUAACGAAUUUUGUCUAUGCAAACAGUGAUAGUUCAUAUUUGCACUUAUAAAUUGAUUAACUAUUUUCUUUUAUACUAUAUUUUGUGUGAUUGAUAAAUGAUGAAUGCUUUGCAUAUAUUUACUAUUAAAUCCAUCCAGUGCCACAUUCUAUCAAAACUAUUCAAAUAUUAGCAAUAAAUGAAUAAACUAAAAUACUUUGUUAUAUGUGCAGUUCAAGUUUAAAAGUGUGGCAUUGGAAGGAUAUAAAACUACAACAAUGCAAAACAAAAUGUUUAUUUUCUUGUAAGCCUGUGAAAUUAUUGAAAAAAAAAACCCUGUAUGUGCGUUAAAUUUUGUAGAUUAAAUUUAUACAUUUCUUUAUUGCAGAAUAAUUUACGUAUUAUUUACUAUAUAGCAUUUAUGUACGAGAUUAGAUAUAACAAACAUUACAAUGCAUUUAAAAUACCUCAAAUAACAUUCUUUAAACUAUAAGUGAAUUAGAGGGAUUAGAAUCGAAUUAAUUUUUAACAUUAUUUCAAUAAAUAUAAAAUAGUUCUUUCUAUGUUUGAUACAAAUUUUUAAUGCAAUUAUUGUUAACAAAUUUAAUGAAUUUAUUAAAUCAAUUAAAUCAAUAUUUAUUGAAUGAAUAUUAUUAAAGAAAUAUUUAUUAUAAUUUUAUUAUAUCCCCUACUUCCAUAAACAUUGGAAUUGUAAUUAUAUAUUAUUCUUUUGUGGCAAACUCUCACAUUAACAAGUUUAUUAUACAUUUUAUGUAUACAUGUGUGUAUAUAUAUAUAUAUAUAUAUAUAUACAUAUACAUACAUACACAUACACACAUACAUGUAAUGUAACGUGAUAAUAUUUUUUAUUAUACAACAAUUCCUUUUUACAUAACAUUAACAUAAAAAAAAAGUCAAUUUAUUGCAAAGUAUAGUUCUACGUAUAAUAAAUUCUGCCUUAAAGUAAUGUAUAAACGUGAUUAUAGUUAUCUUCCUCAUGAUUUAAAAUAAGAUUAUAAUUAUAAGGAAUUAGAUGUAACAUAAAAAAAAAAAAAUCACAUCUGAAUUUGUUACCGAACAGAACGGGUAAAGACCGUAGUGAUUAACUUUAUUUAUGGUUUAUUCAAGAAAUGAACAUAACUUGCCACAAUGUUAAAUCUAUGCUCGAACUCGAAGCACAGACUGUGAUGUUGCAUUAUAUUUUAUUGAAACCUCUGUUAUGUGAAUAGAUAAAAUCAUUUUCAGAAUAUUUAUUUUCAAUUUCUAUAUUAUGAGUCAUAUAUACCGUGAACUUUACAUUACAUAUACCUUGUGCAAGCAGCAAAAAAAAAAAUCUUCAUAAAUGGAUCAAUUUGUUUAACGAUAUUGAUAAUUAUCAUGAUGAUAAUAAUAAUAACGAUGAUGAUAAUAAUGUAAUAGGAAGUUACAUAUUCAAAUAGUUGUAACAAGGAAAUACGAAUAUCAAUUUAACUUAUACGUUAUGAGAAAUAAUGCAUUGAUUAUGCAGUUUUGAAAUAGCAGGCCUAGUCUACCUUAAUCAUUCGAUAAAUAUGUAUAUAAAACUCAGGAUGAAAGUACUUUAUUUACAAUGUAUUGUUACAGGAAAGAUAAAACACACACAUACACACACACACACACAUACAUACACACACAAUUUGUGUACUACUUUUUAAAAUAACAAGCACUUAUAUACUAUCUAUAAUUCUAUAUAAUAACGCGAAGAAGGAAAAAGUGCUUUCUCGUAAUAAAUAUCGUAUUAAUUAUCAACUUAUUAAUCAUCUCCUACGAAUGUGUAAUUCGUUUGAAUGAACAUAUUAUUUUUGUCUAUGUUUUGUUUAUUAAUUAAGCUAAUAAUUAUGUAAUAAUGCAUACUUACUUAUAAUAUAAAAACAAUAUAUGAAAGUAAAUGUCAGCAUUUUUAACAUAAAUUAUAAAACAAUUGUUAACACUAAUUCAAACAUUUCUUACAAUUUUUUUUUUUGCACUUACCUUCAAGGAUACGAUUAGAUUAAAUGUGCAAUUAAAUGCAAUUACAUUCAAUUUAAUCUUAAGUGCGAUUAAUCUUGUACACUAAUAUAUAUGUUACUAUAAGUAAAAUGUGUUGUGUGUAUGUAUGUGUGUAUGUGUGUGUGUGUGUGUGUUUGUGCGUGUGUGUUGUUACGUAUCAUAAAAACACACCAACAUAAAAAAAAAAAAACGCAUGACUAGUGCAUUGCACGAAAAUAUAUAUACGAUCGCGUGAUGUGUAAUUUCAAAAUUCUAUAUUUUAUGAAACAGUUAUAGUUCAUUAUAUAUAUCGUCUAAUUUCUCAUUUCAAUUUUCUCAUCUAUUAAAUAACUAACUAUUACACUAUUUUCACGUUCGAUGUAAAUUGAGAUAUAUAUAUAUGUAUGUAUGUAUGUAUGUAUGUAUGUAUGUAUGUAUGUAUAUAUAUAUAUAUAUUUAGUUCCUUGAAUUUACUUAUAAUCACAUAAUCGUAGUGAAUACAAAAAAUAGUUUAUUUUGCUUAUCUAUUCCACAUUGUAAAUUGAUACUUCAUUAAUCUUUGCAUCUUACAAUAGUUAAAAAAUAUAAUAAACCGCAUAGUAUUUGGUUUAUAAGAAAACUAUUAAUACUUUUAAUACUUCUAAAACUUAUAAGAAAUAAAGGAUUAAUAAAUUUAAUAAUUACAAUAAAUAUUUCUUUCAAUUGUCUAUAAAGGAGCCACAAAAGCAGAAAGUACAUCAUGAUUUUGAUUUAUUAAAGACAAUAAUUAUAAUUAAAUCUAAGACUGCUAACAAUUUAACAAAUUUGCAUAAUGAACACGACGCAAUUGUUUAUCAAAUACUGAAUAUUUUUUGCAAGAAUAUAUUACAAUAUAAUCGUAUAUAAAUGGAAAACAAAAUUAAGGUAAACAUUCUUUCUUAAAAAUACAUAUUUUUUGAAUAUGAAGAAAUUAUAUUUAUAGAUUUAUUUAUGUGUAUGUAUAUGUACACAUAUAUGUUUCUUGUGGAGAUAUGACUUGCAAAAUAAUAAAUAUAACAUCAAAUUUUUCUUUUUUUCUUUUUUUUUUUUUUUUUUUUUUUUUAAUAAUCUUA